AUGUCAACACAGUCAUCACUUUCGUCAAAUGAAACAUCCAACUUUACCGAGGCGGCUAAUGGAAGCUAUUCCGACGAAGAAUUCAAAAAAUAUGAUGAGCCAUCUCUAGACGAUUGGCCAUAUUUCGAUUUACAUGGCUAUGGCCAUUGGUCCACUGUUCUAGCUAUAGCAAUAAUAGGUACUAUUGGAAACAUCUUUCAGUUCAUAAUGAUGAGCGACUCCAAGUUAUGUUCACUCUCCUACAGCGUGUACCUAAAAUUCCUUGCUGUGUCUGAUUCCUUGGUCCUAAGUGAAGCUCUAUUUCAGCAAACUCAAAUUCGUUUUAAUUUGCCCAUGGUUGUCGAUAUGAACAAUGCUCUCUGUAAAAUUGUCGUCGGGUACCAGGUAUUCGCGAUGUUGCUAUCGCCAUGGCUGGUGGUAGGACUUACUCUCGACAGAUUCGUAUGCGUCUGUUUUCCGCUGACACGGGGACGAUUCUGCACGAUGAAGAAAGCCAUUGCCGUCUGUUCGAGUAUGAUUGCUGCAACCAUCGUGCUAAUUAUACCCAAUUUGGUCCUAACUAAUUUGAAAUAUAAUAGAUGUUUACCGUCUGCCAAGAUCAUCUACUAUUUCAUGUUCGUUCGUCUGGUAGUGUCUACAUUGGUGCCCUGUGCUGUUAUCCUCACCCUCAACAUCGCUAUAAUCGCCCGCAUCAAACGUAGCAACGAGUUUCGAAACACGUUCAUAAAGAACAAGGCAGAUUCUACGAAAGACAAUUCAACACGCCCUCUGGUGUUAAUCUCUGUACUGGCUUUCGUAACUCUCUUGCCAAUCGCGACUUCAGAUGCCAUUGCUGCCCUGUUCUUUGUAUUCCUGAAGACAGGCAGGAGAGCUGCGUUAUUAAGCUUAAAAUUGUGGCCAGCGUUCCACAUAUUCUACUUGCUAAAUUUCGGACAGAACUUUUUCAUCUUGAUGGCAAGUUCACAAAACUAUCGACAGAUUAUGAAGAGUAAACUCCGAUGCUUUUCUCUCAAGAUGAAGCAAACACGAUAUAACGUACCAGCACCUAGUGUUGGUUCCACAGUCAAUACGGACGAUAUUUCAUUGUCAGUGAUUACCUCUAAUACCAUACGUUCUGAAAUGACAGAUCCAUAG